AAGGCCGCGGCCCGAGGUGGGGUUAGGCCGCGCGCGCACGUGUGCGUGCGUGCGUGCAUGCGUGCGUGGGCGCGGUCCACAGCACGCCGUGCGCGAAGCGGAUGUCCGGGCCGGCUGGGCCGGGGCCGCGGACGAGAUGGCGGAAGGUGGAGGCUGCCGUGAGCGACCGGAUGCGGAGACCCAGAAAUCGGAGCUCGGGGCCUUGAUGAGGACCACGCUCCAACGAGGGGCGCAGUGGUAUCUUAUUGACAGCCGGUGGUUCAAGCAGUGGAAGAAGUAUGUGGGCUUCGACAGCUGGGAUAUGUACAAUGUGGGUGAACACAAUCUGUUUCCUGGCCCAAUAGAUAACUCUGGACUCUUUUCAGAUCCGGAGAGUCAGACCUUGAAAGAACAUUUAAUUGAUGAAUUGGAUUAUGUAUUGGUCCCAACCGAGGCCUGGAAUAAAUUACUCAACUGGUAUGGCUGUGUAGAAGGCCAGCAGCCCAUUGUCAGAAAAGUUGUGGAGCAUGGCCUGUUUGUCAAACACUGCAAAGUGGAGGUAUAUUUGCUGGAACUGAAGCUCUGUGAGAACAGUGACCCCACCAAUGUGCUGAGUUGCCAUUUCAGCAAGGCAGACACCAUUGCAACCAUCGAGAAGGAGAUGCGGAAGCUGUUCAACAUCCCUGCUGAGCGUGAAACACGGCUGUGGAACAAAUACAUGAGCAACACUUAUGAGCAGCUGAGCAAGCUAGACAACACUGUCCAGGAUGCGGGGCUGUACCAGGGUCAGGUGCUAGUAAUUGAGCCCCAAAAUGAAGAUGGCACAUGGCCGAGGCAGACCUUGCAGUCAAAAUCAAGCACUGCACCUAGCAGGAAUUUUCCUACCUCUCCAACAUCAUCAGCAAGUCCCUAUUCCUCAGUGUCUGCCUCUUCCAUUGCAAAUGGUGAUAGCACUAACACCUCUGGGAUGCACAGUUCCGGUGUCAGCAGGGGUGGAUCUGCCUUCUCUGCUUCGUAUAAUUGUCAGGAGUCCCCAUCGUCUCACAUACAGCCUGGGCUCUGCGGACUUGGAAACCUGGGGAACACUUGCUUCAUGAACUCUGCUUUACAGUGCUUGAGCAACACUGCACCACUGACUGACUACUUUCUCAAAGAUGAGUAUGAGGCUGAGAUCAACAGAGACAAUCCUCUGGGAAUGAAAGGGGAAAUUGCAGAAGCCUAUGCAGAGCUCAUUAAACAGAUGUGGUCUGGAAGGGAUGCUCACGUGGCACCUCGCAUGUUCAAAACCCAAGUGGGACGUUUCGCCCCUCAGUUUUCUGGCUACCAGCAACAAGACUCUCAGGAGUUGUUAGCCUUUCUUCUAGAUGGAUUGCAUGAAGAUCUGAACCGUGUAAAGAAGAAGCCCUACCUGGAGCUGAAGGAUGCCAAUGGGCGGCCAGAUGCGGUGGUGGCAAAGGAAGCCUGGGAGAAUCACAGGUUGAGGAAUGACUCUGUGAUUGUGGACACAUUCCAUGGCCUCUUCAAAUCUACUUUGGUUUGCCCAGAAUGUGCUAAGGUUUCUGUGACCUUUGACCCGUUUUGCUAUCUAACUCUCCCACUGCCCCUGAAGAAAGAUAGAGUUAUGGAGGUCUUCCUGGUUCCUGCUGACCCUUGCUGCAGACCUACUCAGUACCGCGUGGUUGUGCCGCUGAUGGGGGCUGUGUCUGACCUGUGCGAGGCUCUCUCCAGGCUGUCUGGCAUUGCUGCAGAAAACAUGGUGGUCACAGAUGUAUAUAAUCACCGGUUCCACAAAAUUUUCCAAAUGGAUGAAGGUUUAAACCACAUCAUGCCUCGGGAUGACAUUUUUGUGUACGAGGUCUGCAGCACCUCCGCUGAUGGCUCUGAGUGUGUCACACUUCCAGUCUACUUCAGGGAAAGGAAGUCCAGGCCGUCGAGCACUUCUUCCGGGGCAGUGCUGUAUGGACAGCCACUGCUGGUUUCUGUUCCCAAGCACAAGCUAACCCUUGAGUCUUUGUACCAGGCUGUUUGUGAGCGUAUCAGCCGCUAUAUAAAACAGCCUUUGCCUGAUGAGUCUGGCAGCUCGCCCUUGGAGCCGGGGGCCUGCAAUGGCUCCAGGGGCAGCUGUGAAGGAGAAGAUGAAGAAGAAAUGGAGCAUCAGGACGAAGGCAGAGAGCAACUUUCAGACACAGAAGGCAGUGGGGAGGACGAGCUGGAAAAUGACUGUGGGGAGACCACCCAAAAGAAGGUCAAAGGCCAGUCCUGCCCGAAAAGGCUUUUUACCUUCAGCCUCGUGAACUCCUACGGAACAGCUGAUAUAAAUUCCCUUGCAACUGAUGGAAAACUACUUAAACUCAAUUCUCGAUCCACACUGGCCAUCGAUUGGGACAGUGAGACCCGGAGCCUUUAUUAUGAUGAGCAAGAAUCUGAGGCCUAUGAGAAGCACGUGAGCAUGUUGCAGCCUCAGAAGAAGAAGAAGACCGCGGUGGCGCUGAGAGACUGCAUCGAGCUCUUCACCACCAUGGAGACCCUUGGGGAGCAUGACCCCUGGUACUGUCCCAACUGUAAGAAGCAUCAACAGGCCACAAAGAAAUUUGACCUGUGGUCCUUGCCGAAGAUCUUGGUGGUCCACCUCAAACGUUUCUCCUACAAUAGAUACUGGAGGGAUAAGCUCGACACCGUUGUGGAAUUCCCCGUCAGAGCUCUGAACAUGUCCGAGUUUGUGUGUGACCUGUCAGCAAGGCCUUAUGUGUACGACCUCAUUGCCGUGUCUAAUCAUUAUGGAGCCAUGGGGGUUGGCCACUGGUGUUAGUGAUGUUGAAGUCAAGAGCUGGGUUUCCUCCUGUUUCUGCUGCAUCUGCACCAUGCCAACUGCCACUACACCCAACGUUAGGACCCUAGAGAUGACACCAUGGGAGAUAUCAGUUCCUUUUAUAUUCACAGCAGAUUACAGAACUGCCCUAAGCCCCAGUCUUCUCCCCUGUACGGGUAAGCUUUUUCUGUUGGUCCAACAGUCUGCUUUCCUGCCCCUCCGUUUUUACUGUAUAACCUCAUGGCUGGGACGGCUGCUCAGUGUCCAGCCCUCAUGUCUACAUUCCAGGCCAUCAGAAGAAGAGGAAAAGGGGCACAACCUUCCCCUUUAAGCCAGCUUCCCAGAAAUCUCCCUUAACUCCUCUACGUACAUCUCAUUGGCUAUAACUGGGCACAUGGCUACAUCUAGCUGUAGGAGAGGCUGGGAAAUAAAAACUGCGCCUGUUUGAAAAUUGGGGUUGACUGGAAUGGCUAUCGGUGACCUCUGAUCACAUCAUACCCUGCAACACUUCCUACAACUUUUUUCCUCCCCAAACUAAUUUUGGUAUCUGUGUUCAUAAAUGUCAAAUGAAUUUACUUUAAAAAAAUGAUACUUUUAAGUGCUAUUUUAGUAUAUAAACAUACCACUUGAGCAACUUUCUUAGCCUCCGUAUCCUUCAGUGUUCUCAUCCAUAAGCUCAGGCUGGUGGUGUGUGAACCCACAUUGGGUCCACAGUUGGAACUCCAGGAUCGAGAACCACCAUUGUUGCUGUUAUGCCAAGCAUGGACAGUGGGAACAGGCCCUCGGCACCUUUUCCUUAUGUUCUUCGCCCCCGCUUUGUGCAGGCACUCUGAUAAGGAAUAGCUAAACGGCUGGCCCAAAGUCACGCGGCAGUUGGAGACUAGUAACCAGUCCUCCGUUAGAGUCUGUCAUUUCAUAGAGUCUGGGAAUUGGUCAUUGCUGCUGGGAUUGCUGUUGUAAACACAUCCUGCUGGGGAAUAGUAUAAAAUCAAGACAGGAAGUGUUGGCUGUGGUAAAUGCUUAGAUCACCGUGAGGCAUUGUUAUCCAGCCACCAACUUGGACUCAGAUUGAUCUUUCUCUGAAACUGUGAGUCAUCUUGUCCACAUCCCAGCUCUGCAAACCCAGUGUCCCUCACUGGGAUUACCCCAGAGGCUCUAAGAGGCCGGAAGAGGCAGUAGUAGCCAUCUCCCUGAACCAAGUUGGGGAGAGCGAUUUUUACUUAAAUCUUAAAAGUAUCAGCUUCUUUUAUGGGUCCCUUGGCUAUGGUUUAACAGCCAUCCUGAAGAUUAAUACUGGGUUUCUCUAUUUUUUUGGAUUAGUUUCCCCAAAUUACAGGUUUAAAAAAAAAAAUUUUUUUUUUUACAUUUAUUUAUUUUUGAGAGACAAAGCAUGAGGCGGAGAGGGGCAAAGAGAGAUGGAGACACAGAAUCUAAAGCAGGCUCCAGGCUGUGAGCUGUCAGCAAAGGGCCCGACAUGGGACUCAAACUUGUGAACCAUGAGAUCAUGACCUGAGCCGAAGUCAGAUGCUUAACUGACUGAGCCACCCAGGCACCCCUAUUAUUUUUUUUUUUUUAAUAAAAAAUUGCUUAAUGUUUUAAUUUUGAGAGAGAGUACAAGUAGUGUGGGGAGGGGGCGGGGUGGAGGAGAGACAGACAGACAGACAGACAGAAGCAGGCUCCAGGCUCUGAGCUGUCCACACUCAGCCUGAUGCGGGGCUUGAACCCAUCAUGACCUGAGCUGAAGUCAGAAGCUUAACCAACUGAGCCACCCAGAUACCCUCCAAAAUUACAGUUUAAAGCCUUGGUCCCUGAUGACUCUGUUUUUACCCUUUCAGAGCCUUUUUGAGAAAGAAUAGAUUUCAAAAAAAGUAGUUGACUUUUGGUUGUUACCUAUAAAUUUAAUUUCAGGGUCUUUGUUUUGUUUUAUUCAUUUUUUUAAAAUACAAUUUAUUGUCAAGUUAGCUAACAUACAGAGUAUACAGUGUGCUCUCGGUUUCGGGGAUAGAUUCCCAUGAUUCAUCACUUACAUACAACACCCAGUGCUCAUCCCAACAAGUGCCCUCCUUGAUGCCCAUCACCCAUUUUCCCUCCCUACCCCCCCCCCCCCCCCCCGACACACACCCCAUCAACCCUCAGUUUGUUGUUUAUAUUUAAGAGUCUCUUAUGGUUUGCCUCUCUCUGUUUGUAACUUAUUUUUUCCUUCCCUUCCCCCAUGGUCUUCUGUUAAGUUUCUUAAAUUCCACAUAUGAGUGAGAACAUUGUUUCAUUUUUUUAGAGUUUUAUUGUUCAGUGCAAUAAACUAGCCAGAUUAGUUCUCUGGUGAUUGCUAGAGGUAUUUUCUUGUUGACUUGGCAGACACCGCAUACGCGAAGAACAAACUGAACGGGAAAUGGUAUUAUUUUGAUGAUAGCAAUGUGUCCCUGGCCUCCGAGGAUCAGAUAGUG